CAAACUACUUCAAUCUGGUCGUUGGUGAAUGAGCGUUUUCGAAUGUCAUGCACCAGGGUGUCCGAUGCACAACGACACGAGAGUUUGUCUAGUAUGCGUGGUGGUAGUUUCGUUCUUCCUCAUUUGCAAUAGUCGUUAGCCAACAAUUAGUGUGUCUGGUUGUUUCGCACAACGCAUGCAGACCUACGCAGGUUCGACAAAGCGGAUCAGGCGUCCCCAAAUUUUCAAAACAAUUAUUCCCGUCCCGUCUUGACAAGCCACGCGGCUUCCAUUCAACUGCGCUUGCAGCCAUUGAGCGUCCUGCGGAACAACCAUCGCAGGGAUAUUCGGACGGAGGGUUUGUUGAGUGAAGUUUUUCGAAGGACGUUGUGGGCCCAGAGGUCCUAACGGACUUAGAAUGUCUUCGCCGCUAGCGAUUGAAGCUACCCCGGUCACGCUGUCCGUCAAGGGAUCUCGCGGCGGACAGCAGCAGGGCGGGCAGAGAACGACGGCACCAACCUCACCCCGGAAUCAAGCUGGUAUGACGUCACCACGUGGUAGUGGCCCCGGGUUGACGUCGCCACGCAAUGCCCCUGACCCCAGGCUGAGCGGCGCACAGGUGGACGCCUUGCUGCGAGAUUGUCUCAGAAAGAACCGGCGUGCCAUUGAGGAGGCGUUCCAGUCGGUCGACCCGCUCAACGAGGGCACCAUUCACACCAGUGAGUUUGAGAGGGUAAUCAAUCACUUCUUCUUCCCUCUCUCCAGUGUCCAGCACACCCAACUUGUCGAUAGGGUUGGUCUUUACCAUGACGGAUCCAUUGAUUACGACAACUUCAUCGCCUUCCUCGCGAACAAGUCCGUUCCGAAGAAGAUGGACCCGCUGAAGAAGGCUGACAGAGCUUUGAACAGACCACUGCCAGAGCAGGUGUCGGAAGCCGAAGUCGAGGCGAGGGUCAGACAUGCGGUGGUGAGCAAUCGCGAAAAGAUGAGGCGUGCGUUUCGCAUGCACGAUCGCACCGGAGGUCUGGGACGUAUCCGCCGUGAUGAUUUCUGCCAGGUCAUGAAUAGUUUUGUCAUGGUCAUGACCAAGGAACAGUUUGACAGGUUUUGGGCGGCAUUUGAUGUUGUGGGUGAUGGCUAUAUGGAUUAUGAGACUUUCAUGGAGACAAUUGCAUCAUCUUCAGGGCACACUGUGCCGAGCAAGUCAUCCAAAGGCUUGAAGCCCCAUGUGGACCACAGCAGUCUGGCUGAGGUAGGACAGAGGCUGGUUGCCGAUCCGAAGUCCGUGCCCCUCCAGCACAUCGAGAAUCAAGUUCGCAAUCUGAUGAAGAAGAAACGCACGGAGCUGCAGGAGGUGCUGUCGGAGGCCAGCGAACGAAGUGACGGCUUUGUUCAGCGUGCUCAGCUCAAGAGAGCCAUGGAUGACACGCUCGUUCCCAUCGAUGACUCUGUCUUCCAGGGAAUCCUACUCAGUGUGGGAUUGACCAAAGCCAGCAGGUCCAUACCAUACGAAGACUUCAUGCGACGUUUCCUGGCCAACGAGGACAGGGCAGUCCUGGCGGAAGCGGUCACGGAGAAAGUACCUGGAUCGGAUGGCCACGUUGUGGGUCCGGACAAAGGAAUGGAUCUGAACACAAUAUUCGCUAUCAUACGCCGCGACAUCCCAGUCGGCUCUGCAGCGCUGCUCACCAAAUUUGUCCAGAACGACGCGGAUCGUACAGGACAAGUGUCAGCGUUUGAGCUGCGCAGCAUCCUCGGCUCAUACAACGUCCACCUACCAGAAUCGGGAUACCGUUGUCUGAUGGAGUACCUGGAUCCGCGCGGCAAGGGAAUGUUGCGGUAUCACGAGUUCCUGGAAAAGUUUGCGCCGACUGUGGGAGAGGGUAAGAAGAAAUGGCUGAACGACGUCAACAACUACAACCGCGCCAGACCUGCCGAGGAUAUGACCUUCAGACAGUUCAAGAACAAUCUUCAAGACAAGAUGCGAGCCAAGGGGAAGCCCCUCUCGGAGUUGUUCCUGGAGAUCGACACCAACAAGGAUGGUACGAUCUCACCGCAAGAACUCCGAGAGUUCCUACAGGAGAACUACCUGAACAGCUCCGAUGCGAACUUUCAAAGACUUUGGCAACUGUGCGACAUCAACCGGGAUGGCAUGAUACAGUUUUCGGAGUUCCUGUCCGCCAUGGGGCUGGAAUUGAAUCCCGGUGAUGUGCAAGGAGUUAGCCAACAGAUUGCCGGUGCCAGCACACAGCAAGCAGCCAAGCAUAGUGAGGAUCAGAGAAAGAAAAUGCUGGCGAUAUCAGAGAAGAGCGGUGAACAGGCCAUGGUCAACUAUCAGCAAUGGCAGAGAGCAAAGCGUACUCUAAGCCAGCGUGUAGAUAGUGGUCAUCUGAAGGCUGCGUUUGAAGCAUUCGACGGAGACCAUGAUGGGCAGCUGUCUGCCCAUCAACUGGCAGAGAUGCUGCAGCAUUUGAAGAUCGUUGAAGACGAUGAGAUCAUGGCGUGUGCACUGUCUGGUGCUGGAGAGCAGUUUGCCUAUGAGCAGAUUCCGGCGCUGUUCGACGCCAAUCCAUUCGUGGCCGCUGAGCAAUCGUUGCAGCAAGGAAGGCCACCUGUACGUGCGUCUGCCAGACCACCCGCGGGCACGUCCAACAAGAAGGCAAACGAAACACCACCGCUCUUCCGACGCGAGCCAAGAAAGCCAGCGGCAGCAGCAACGUCGACCAGCCAGGCACAGGGCCCCAAGGUUACACUCCGUGCAGAGGAGAUAGCUGAGCGGCUGCGCGAGAUGAUCCAGCUGAAGUUCGCCGACAUGCACAGCGCCUUCCGCAAGUUUGACAGCAACCUGGACGGCUUCAUCAAUCGCAAGGAGUUUCAGAAGGUCCUGGUUAACUUCCACUUCAAGCUGGACAAGGCUGAACUGGAGAAGCUGCUCACGCAUAUCGGCAUGAAAGCCGACGAUGCCAUGCUCCGCUACGAGGACUUUCUGCAGUUCUUCGGCGCUCGAGAGGGAAGCGACGCGCACAGGUUUCUCAUCUCAACACACAGGUACAACACAGCCUUGGAGCCGAGCAAGAUGACAGCUGAGCAGGCGUGCAAGGAACUGCCCUACAAGAUAGCCGACGCCUUCAAGACCGUGCACGAGGCGUAUAAGGCGGUGGAUCAGGAUGGCUCUCGGCUGGUGAAGAGGCCUGGUCUGAAGAAGCUGCUAGAUCGCUUCAACAUUCCCAUGACAAACGUUGAAUUUGAGAAACUCUGGAGAAUGUUUGACAGCAAUAACGAUGGCAGUCUUCAGGUAGAUGAGUUCUUUGGCUCUGUUGGAAUGGAGGUGACCAGUACAGAUACCGGAGCAAGUCUGAUGAUAACGGAGGAGAGUGAGCUGGAAGAACAACGACAUCGCGAUGAGCAGCGGGAAAAGAUGGCCAACAUAUCGGAGCAGCAUCGGCAAGCCGCACAGCGCAUGCCAGCCGCUGACAUUGGCGAUCAGGUUAAAUGGAAGAUGGAGCAGGAACGACGCACUCUGCACCAGAUUGCUAAAGGUGCUGAUACGAAUGAGGAUGCUGUUCUGUCUCGCGAAGAGCUACUCACCAUCCUGGAUCAGCGUGGCUUUGACAUCGACAGCGAGAAGUUGGAGAGAGUUCUAGAACUCAUCGGCCUGGCCAGUCUGGACAUGAUCCCGUACCGCGACUUCAUGAACGCGUUCUCCGACACCCAGACACUGGGCGGAGGAAGAGCUCGCCCUGGAGACCUGGCUGCCGAGGACGACGAGGUGAGACGGUUCAUGGGAGAUGCGUCGACGUCUCGAUCGCGUGGACCGUCCAUGCAGAGCAUCCUGAAAAGGCCAGCAGCCCCCACUCCCACGUCCAAGCCACACCAGCAGACCAGCAUAGUACACGAUGGCAUGCCGCUUCACGAGUUCCUGCCGAUCGUACGCCAACAGGUCAUCGGUCAACAACAGCGACUCCGAGAGCAAUUGCUGAGAGCGGACAAGGAGCAGUGUGGUCUUAUCGAGAUACGCCUGUUGAAGAGCGCCCUGACAGCGCAUUGUGGUGUUAAACUUACAACACGGCAGCUACAGUCGCUUGUGGAGAAGACGUUAUCAAGUCACCGUGGCAAAGUCAGCUACAAUCACUUUCUGGACUACUUCGACGUGCCCGUAUGUGUCGAGACUGCUAACAAGCUCACCAGCUACGAUCCCAACGCCAGCGGGGGUCGUCACAGCAGGCCAGCAUCCGACGACAAGCUACGCCUGCCUGCUGUGGCCAGUCUGGCUGGCAAAGAGCGAUCGCCCAGACCCAACAAGCUGGCUGGAGGUGCAGCUGCUGCGGCAGCGGCAGGGAGGGAACGCUCUCUGCAGGACUCGGAGCGGCUCAAACUACCCAUGAUACAGGAAUCCCCGGGGAGAGGUCUGCAAAGUGGAGGCGGAGACAAGCUACGGGAAAUACUCGACAACAUUCGCAGCAAAACGCACAGCAAGAUCAAGGAGAUGCAGAGAGCUUUUCGGCGCAUUGAUCCACGACGCACAGGAGCUGUUCCAACAAACGAGUUCCGUACACUCCUGAAGAGCUUUGGUGUGGAGCUGUCUUCAAACCAGUUUUUCCGGCUACAAGAUGCCUUUGAUACGGGCAAGGGAUCGCUACAGAAUGCCAAGAUAGACUACGAACAGUUCAUGUCAACCUGCUAUUGAAUAGUGCGUAUUUGUGUGUGCAUGUGUGUGUGUGUGUGUGUGUGUGUGUGUGUGUGUGUGUGUGUGUGUGUGUGCGUGCGUGCGUGUGCGUGUGUCCGGGUGUCUCGAUGAUGCAAUCCUCACAGUAUCUAUGUCCGUCUUAAACCUGUACACGAUGUCACGCAAAGACAUGCAUUAUUGUAUCGUCAUCGCUCUCAAUGCAUGACAUCAUCCUUCAGUGGUCCAUGCUUGACAUAAUGAUGUCAUGACUUCCGGUUUCCAGGUAAUAGACUGGGGUUCUGGUAGUCUUUUUGUGAUUUAUGAUGUCAUGUGUUUAGCUGUUGCAACACCAUGCUGCAGCUAGAUAGAUCUAGUUGAUAUGAUUAUGCUCACGUUCUGUGUUCACUACCAUAAUGUUAUACAAUGCACUUAAAGUAAACAAAUGGACAAAGACCUUAAAACUGACAGAUGCAUGGUACAAUGGCACAGCUCUGGUUAAGUCGUUUCACCCAAGUCGGACCGCAAGCGUCACCGAGUCUCUUCGUGCAAGCAGGUCCGGAGCAGUGUAUGCACCUGCGACCCGUGUGCAUUGCCUAGUGUGUUACCGUGCAGCGAUUCUAGUGGUACAGCACUUGUUCGUUCCCUGCGCACUUUGUCCUUUUUUGCCGAACUGAGUUUAGACUUUAUGAUGAUUUACACGCAUUUACUUUGAUUAUUGUCUAUCUUCAAAUUGAACUGUUUAUUUGUGCCUGUGGAAAGAAUUAUCACAGCUUUUAUAUGCGUUAGAUAUUGUUGGAGUUGAUAACUGAUUCCGCUUUUGUGGAGGUCAUCCGA